CCGUAGCGCGGGGAAUUUCGAGUAGCAGUGGAGCGCGGGAGGCCAGUGGGUGCGGGACCCCAUCACCCUACCUAGGACAGACCAUGGACUCCUUAGUCGAGCCUCGGUGGCCUCCAGGUCUGGCAGUAAUGAAGACAAUAGAUGAUUUGCUGCGGUGUGGAAUUUGCUUUGAAUAUUUCAACAUUGCAAUGAUGAUUCCUCAGUGUUCACAUAACUACUGUUCUCUUUGUAUAAGAAAAUUCCUGUCCUAUAAAACACAGUGUCCAACUUGUUGUGUGACAGUCACAGAGCCGGACCUAAAAAAUAACCGCAUAUUAGAUGAACUGGUAAAAAGCUUGAAUUUUGCACGGAAUCAUCUUUUGCAGUUUGCCUUGGAGUCACCACCCAUAUCUCCUGCUUCCUCCUCUUCAAAGAACCUUGCUGCCAAAGCACACACUCCUGUAGCCUUCAGACAUUCUUUAAAGCAAGGAAGCAGGUUAAUGGAAAAUUUCUUGAUCAGAGAAACUGGUGGUUCUACAUCAGAGUUGUUGAUAAAAGAGAAUGAGAUUAAAUUCAUCCCUCAGAAAGAGGUGAGCACUUCUUCAAAGACCAAGGAGAUACCUUCCAUAGAAAAGGCAGCUCUGUGUUCCUUAGAUGGUCAUGUUCCUGAGACACCCUCUACAUCAACUUUGAAACAGGUUACCAAAGUGGAUUGUCCUGUUUGCGGGGUUAAUAUUCCAGAAAAUCACAUUAAUAAGCACUUAGACAGCUGUUUAACACGUGAGGAGAAGAAGGAAAGCCUCAGAAGUUCUGUUCACAAAAGGAAGCCUCUGCCCAAAACUGUAUAUAACUUGCUCUCAGAUCGUGAUUUAAAGAAAAAGCUAAAAGAGCAUGGACUGUCUGUUCAAGGAAAUAAACAACAGCUCAUUAAAAGGCACCAAGAAUUUGUACACAUGUACAAUGCCCAGUGCGAUGCUUUGCAUCCUAAAUCAGCUGCUGAAAUAGUUCAAGAAAUUGAAAAUAUGGAGAAGACUAGAAUGCGUCUUGAAGCUAGUAAACUCAAUGAAAGUAUAAUGGUUUUUACAAAGGACCAAACAGAAAAGGAAAUAGAUGAAAUUCACAGUAAAUAUCGUAAAAAACAUCAGAAUGAAUUUCGGCUUCUGGUGGAUCAGGCCAAAAAAGGAUACAAGAAAGCUGUUGAAAUAUCAAAAAAAAAAGUAACAAAAGAAGAAGAUGGAUCUACAGAAAAGCUAUUACCUAUUUGCGUUGAACAGGAAGAUAAAAAAGCAAAAUUCUCAGAUACUUCCCCUAUAACAAACCACUUCUCUCAAUCAAAGCUGGAAUCCCCAGGGAGAAUGGAGCCUGAUAGACCAGAUGAUUCUUCCAGUUGUACUGAUAUUCAAGAAGAAGCUCUUUCUUCAUCAGAAUCAGACUCAUUCAAUAGUUCCAGUUCAGAUAUCAUAAGAGAUCUUCUAGAAGAAGAGGAAGCCUGGGAAGCAUCACAUGGAAGUGAUCUUCAAGACACAGAAAUGAGUCCAAGACAGAAUCGUCGUACCAGAUCAGCAGAGGGUGCUGAGAUUGAGCCGAGAAAUAAGCGGAAUAAAAAUUAGUGAGGGCUUUGCUGACCUUUCCAGUGUGGUGAUUGGAGUGUGGCACUUUGGGUUGCCACAUAGACUUCAUAUUCAUAAAUGCCCAAGUGUUGACUUCUCAAUAUGAUAGUUAGCUGAUUUUCAUACGUUUUGCCUUUCCUGGGAAAAAUAAGUUCUAAAACCCCCUCACUUGGUCAAUUACUCACUGUCUCUAAAGCAUCUCUGUCUAAAAAUAUUGACAUCUGCACAUCUGCCGACUUUGCAGAGUAUACAAAGAUCUUGACAAAGAGUUUUGUGUGGUUUUGUUUCUGAAUUUCAGGAUUUCCUCAAAGCAUUCUCCUCUUCUCAAGUUAAUGUAGAAAUUAACUUGAGAAAAGGAUUCUUUUCAACCUCUCUUACAAGGAACAGCUGAGGAGUUAAGAGCCUUUGUAUUUCUGGAAAGGCAGCACCACUUUGGUGCUUAUCAGCCCUUGAUGCCCGGAUGCCAGCAUGCCUGUCACAGCAGUUAUGUGAUGGUCAUUGCCCAAGUUUUUAAUGUAGUCGUUUGUCACUUGGAGUAGGAUGUUAGUAUUGAAACUAAAAGUCACAAACACUAACUUUGAAACAUUGGCAUAUUCUUUGGAAAUGGCACUUCAAAAUGAUAUUAAUCUUUUUUUUCCUUUUUCACUUGGGUAAAUCAGAUCUUUACUACUCUGACUCCAAGCUAUUAAACAAAAAGAAUGCAAUAAAUGAAUUUGAAAAUGAA